AUGGAUAACUAUUCAAGAUCCAGAUCGAGCAGAGAAGAUUAUGCAAGAAAUCAACAACCCAUAAGUAUGUAUGAUCUUCGAAGCUACAGCACAUCAGAUUACAACCCAUCAACAUCCCAGAAUCAGAACAGUUAUAACAACAACAAUUUCAAGGAAAUGGUGAAAGGGAAGAAAGGGAGUAAGUCAUCUAAGGGUUUCACAAUCGACCCUGAGUUGCAGAGGAAGAAGAGAGUUGCAGGGUACAAGGCAUAUGGGGUGGAGGGCAGACUCAAGAACUCUUUUAGAAAGAGCUUCAGAUGGAUUAAAGAUGUUGUUGUUCAUGGAUUCUGGUGA